AUCGCCCAGAUGUUGAUGACGUCAAUGGCAACAUCGGACUUUCUGAUAGGCGCUAUCAUCAUGCCUAUGGCCACCAGUGAGAUGGUCAACAACGGGAGGUGGACCUUGAGUCCAAACUUAUGCAGGUACCGGGCCCUGAUCGAUGUUCUCCUCUGCACUGUUUCCAUCUAUCACGUUUUCUUCAUGGCUGUAGACAGGUACAUCGCAGUGUGCAAGCCAUUGAUCUAUCAUAAACUGACCCACAGGGCUGGUGUCUACAUGGUCGCCUUCUGUUGGAUAUUUCCCCAUGCUUUCUUCGCUUGCCCGAUUGUCUUUGGAUGGGCUCAGGCUAACGUAGACCAACUAAUUGCAACGGAAAAAAUGAAUUUUCUGUGCAUUCUUUCAUUCAAGCCUGCUUUCAGCAUCAUUGGCUCCCUCAUGUCUUUCUUUGCACCAUUCGCAAUCGUGUUCGUACUUUACUUCCUCAUUUUAGUACAAGUUCGAAGAUUUCAAAAAGGGAGAAUAAAGAAGUUUCAAGGCAAUGUCUUUUCUCAAGGACUCACAGUCAACCAAUGCCGAACUGUGCCUCAACUUGACAAAGUUUCUCGCUUAUAUCAACAUACUCCAUCUUCAAAUAAUAUUUGCAAUGGACAUUCUGGUUUAACCGCAGAGAUACCUUUCUUGGAGUUAAAGGCUACAAAGCUACAUGAAGAUGUUACUCCGCCGAGUGUAUCGGUAACAGGCACAUACGUUGACACAUUAUAUACUCAUGGCACAAAUAUUAGCUCAGAAAAUACAGUGUGUACACGUAUGGUAAAAGUCCUCAUAAUUGACCAAACAAGCAUAAAUAGUGAAUUUCAAACAAAGUCAUCAAACAAUAAAAUGUGUCCAAGAAAGGCUCAAACAAAGAGGACAAGCAAAGAAAACAUGAACACUGUGCCUCAAAAGAAGUUAUCGGCUAAAAAAUCUUCCAGCUUGAAGGCGUAUCGGACCAUUGGACUGAUUGUUAUUAUUUUCACGGUCUGUUGGUUGCCGUUAGCCGUAUUCCAAAGUGUUAUUAAUGGCGUCCCAGGUCUGGAGAUUGACUCGUGGACAGUGACGGCUUUGGCGUGGCUGGGUUACCUGAACUCUGCAUUCAACCCUCUGCUUUUCUGUUGUCAUCGCAGCGUUAGAGAUUCUGUUAGAAGACUGUUCUGUUUAACUUAA